CAGGGAGAAAUAAAAACUACCUAUGCAACUAUGAUCAAUAAUAAAAAGGUAGACAGUAAUGAGCAGGUGAAGGCGCACGUGCCCACUUCCUUUGCCUUUUUUAGUUUUCCUUAAAUCUCCAGAUGUCUUGGAGGUGUUUUGGUGAAGCAGCUCUUGUUGUUAUGAAAGAGCUCGUUUCCAGUGACUUGUCGUCAGUGUGAGGCGCGUGUGCGUGCGCGCGCUCCCUCCCUCCACCUCUGCUUGGCUGUCAGCUCCUUCGACCACGUAGCAGCUUCCUGGCGGCGGCAGCAGCCUGUCUCUGCUCUCUCUCACACGCACUCACGCACGCACCCGCACAGGCUGACACUCGCAGGCUCUGCAGCCCAUGUAGACGCACGCAGCUCCCGCUUUUUGGAUUGUAACACCGAACCGGACCGGAGCGGCUAUGGACCUCUUUGAAUUCGACUUUUUCCGGGACUGGGAGCUGGAACAACCCUGUCAUCUGGAGUCGGAUCGCAGCGCCUUGAAGAGGAGGGAGUGGGAGAGGAGGACCCAGGAGGUCCAGCAGGAUGAAGACCUCUUCUCAACGGGAUUUAACCUGUUCGGAGAGCCCUAUAAAACUAAUAAAGGUGACGCCUUGGCCAGCCGUGUCCAGAACACGUUGGGUUCCUAUGAAGAAAUGAAGGACCUGCUAACCAGCCACUCCAACCAGAGUCACUUGGUGGGGAUUCCUAAAGGUAGCACCGCCAACAACCUGCCACAAACGCCGAGCUUUUCUGAAAGACCCGCCGUGGACUCCCAGCUUUUCAACGAGGCCCUAAGAGGAGACGUGAGUGGAGGAGGAGCAGAGGGAAGAGGAGAGAAGAGGACAGGAAGCGUGCCAUCUUCAUCAUCGUCAUGCUCAGCUCCCAUGCAGCCACCGGCUGUGGCGAGCUCAGCAACACUCACACAUCAGAGUUUGAAAAAGACGAGGAACUCCAUGGACUGGUCAAGGGGUUGCCAUGGACAGAGCACCCAGGCGACAGGCCUCGUUUUGGGGUCGGGGCAGAACAGACAGGGGCAGCUUUCGUCAGGAGCCACCGGCAGCAGAGGGAAAGUCACUACGAUAGAGGAGCAGCAAAUACAGAGACACGAGGAGCUGUUUAGUUCACUUAAAGAUGUACUGGGCCUGAAAGAUGAUUCAAGCCCCUCUUCCUCCUCGUCAUCCUCUUCUUCCUCAUCUUCCUCUAGAAGGCAGUCUUCUCACUCAUCUAAAACACAGUCCCUCCCAGAUGGAGGAAGUUUCCGCUCGUCCACCACAGACGGUUGCCACUUCAAGUCUUCCUCCAAUAUCGAAAACGGCGGAUCUUUCAAAUCGUCACCUUAUGAAAAUGAAACUGGUUCUCAGCUUUCGCUAAACUCCUCCCCAUUGGCCUCCACCUCCAUUCUGACCACUCCCACUCCCGGCCUAACCACUCCCACGUCAGGACUGACCACGCCCACUUUCCCUCCUGGUGCUCUGUCAGGGAAGCCGAUUGCUGUGCAACAGAAACCCACAGCGUACGUUCGACCAAUGGAUGGCCAGGACCAGACACCGAUGGACUCUCCGCAGCUUAAACCCCCCCUAGUGGCUGCAGAGGGGUUUAACAACGGCCAGCCUUUCAGCGGGACUUCAGGAAAUGCGAAGAAUAAACUGCCAAAGCUGAGUCUCAGUCACACGGAGGAGGUCAGCCUUCCAAAUGACUCCAGCUGUGUGGAAGAGAUCUUGCGGGAGAUGACCCACUCCUGGCCCCCUCCUCUCACAGCCAUACACACUCCCGGAAAAGCGGAUCAAACCAAGUUUCCCAUCCCAAACAAGGAGGCGCAGCAUGUGACGUCAAGCUACAACACUCAGAAGAGAUGCCCUGUAUCAGCUAACAAGCCUGCUGCUAAAGCACCAACGGCUCCACAGAAGUCGAUGCUGGAGGAUGACCUGAAGAUCAGCAGUGAUGAAGAAGAGGUUGAACAGGUGUCUGACAAGAACAAAGCCAGAGGCACAACGGCGAGUGGCGGAUCGGGGAGCAGCAGCGAAUCAGAGAGCAGCUCAGAGUCCGACACCGACGAGUCAGAGAGCAGCUCCAGCGACAGCGAGUACAAUCAGGCGUCCCGCACAAACACCCCAGAGCCUGAGCCCCCUUCCACAAACAAAUGGCAGCUUGACAGCUGGUUGAACAAAGUCCAAGCUCAAACCAAACCUCUGCCCCCCCCUCAGCAGGAACACCGUGGCACAGGCUCCAGCAGCCAGGACUCGCAGCCUUUCUCUCCCAGGAGCGAAGCAGCAGGAGCGGGAACCGCUGCCAAGUCCAAACCCAGCGGCUCCAGCAGCGUGCCAGUUCCUGCUGCUCCUGUGGUGGAGCACAAAGAUACCAGGGCGACCUUCUGCAGCUCUGGCAGGGAGAAAGCCAAAGCAAAGAUCAACCAGAAGGCCUCAGGGGAGAGCCAGAGAUCCAAGAUCCGGCUGUCGCCGGGCCUGCUGUCGGGCCAGGAGGUCACAACCCCGCGGAGGACCACCACUGGGAAGAAGCAGCCGGUCGGGCGGGUGGAGCGGUCCGCCAGCGGCGAGGAUAAUCAGAACCAGACGUGGAGCAGAUCAAACCAGCACAGCCCCGCUUCUCGAGACAAGGACCUGUUGCCUCCCCCUCCCCUGGAGCAUCAGAACCCCCCGAGGCCGCGGAGCAAACCUCCCAGUGGGAAAACGGCCCCGAGGAAGGAACCUCGCAGCGCAACCAACCCAAACAACAACGCGACCACUCCACCAGCAGCUCUGCAGCCGAGCGCCGCUCCGGCACCGGCUGUCACUGUAAACCAGGACAAAAAGAAACACCGAGGCCCCAGCACCAGAAUCACACCAAAGUCCCGGGAAUUCAUCGAAACAGAUUCCUCCUCCUCCUCGUCGGAAUGCCAGUCGGACGCAGAGGAAGCAGUCAAAAUCCCCGCCCUGCCGGCUCAGACCACACGCUCCGCCAUCAACACACAGACUCUGUCCAGCACACACAUGCACACGGCCCUCCUGCCGUGCCCCGGCUCCGCCAACACUGUGGGAACGUUUGGGAGGACGGGAUUCCGGGUCAAAGACGGUAGCAGCCUGACGACUAAUGGUAGCAGCAGCGUUAGCAGUAGCAGUAGCUCUCUGAGCAUCAGUACUAUCAGCAGUUCUUUUGGCAUCUCAGUUCCUGAUCCUGGGGGGACAGGCGGGCAGAGCAAAGCGGAGCCCCUGUCACCUUCUAAUGUGGGGCAGGAGGUGGCGCCGUCGCCCCUGAGGGAGUACCACGAGAUCCAGAGUUUGUGGGUGAAAAUUGACUUGAGUUUGCUCAGCAGGGUGCCAGGUCAGGGUGUGGGGGAAAGAUCCAGAGUGGGAAUUGCCGAAAGAGAUGAGAGCGAAGGGCGAGACAGAGAAAGACUGAAGCCCAACAAAGGGGAGGGACAGGUGGAGGAAAACGAGAGAUUAGUGCUGCUCAGAGAAGGGCAGGCCGACAGAGACGACAGGGACCGCUUCGGCUUUGCAGAAAGAGACAGAACAAGAGACAGGGAGAAGAUUUGCCAAGGUCUGGGGAUCCUGGACAACCCCUCUGCGCAGGAACACGGUAAUCCCAGGCCGUCUGGAAGAGGAGAGGCGGCGGAGGGCGGAGCAAAAAACAGAAGACAAUCCACCGCAAACACGCCGCUUCCAGUCGAAAAACACGCCAGCAAGAGCAAAAGGAAACACAAGCUGGAUCACGGAGAAUCUUCAGUACGGGGCAGUAAGAAGGCUCGCCUGGACAAAGACUGUCUGCUGCUGCCGCCCUGCAUCUCCCCAAUCCACAACCACAAGAACAGCUCCACAGACUCUUUCAAUCGAAAGCAGACUCGACGGCACGACGAUAAGAUGCUCCCGCCACUGCUGUCCCCCCUUUCCGAUGAGCCUCCCAGGAAAACGACCUGUGACAGCAGUGCUCCCAUCAGCCAGGAGGGCGGCGCCCCCGGGAGGCUGCCCUGCUCCUCUGCCCCCACCUCAUCCUCCUGUCACAGACACAAGAGGGGGGAAGGAAAGGCUUCCUCACACAUGAGAAACGGCAUUGAAAUGAACUCCCAUGGCGAUAAACUGUGUGGAGAAGGUCACCAUGCCAACAGUCAGUCGGGCUCAGAGGUUUGGUUGGAACCGACGAUGGACUCAACUGAACCUCGCAGGCCAAAGCUGUCAUUUACUGACACGGUCCGCGGUGCAGACUACUACAUGCAGGAAGCAAAGAGACUGAAGCACAAGGCCGACGCUCUGAUGGACAAAUUUGGGAAAGCGGUGAACUACGCAGAUGGUGCCCUCUCCUUCAUCGAGUGUGGAAACGCCAUGGAGCGAGACCCGCUGGAGGCCAAAUCGCCAUACACCAUGUACUCCGAGACUGUGGAGCUAAUCAGGUACGCCAUGAGGUUGAAGAACUUCACCAGCCAUUCAGCCACGGUCUUGGAGAAGAGACUAGCUGUGCUGUGUAACCGCUGUCAGUCUCUGCUGUAUCUGAGGAUGUUCCAUCUGAAGAAAGACCACGCUGUCAAGUACUCACGGUCGCUCAUGGAGUACUUUAAGAAUUCAGCCAAGAGUUCCCACCAAGCGCCCUCUCCCUGGAGGACCAAUGGAAAGGUCAACGGGACCCCGUCGCCUCUUUCUCUCAGCCCGUCUCCAGCCAGCAGCGGAGGAGCAACAGGAGGAGGAGGAGGAGCAUCGGGGUCAUCGGGAAGUGUGGCAAUCCCCCAGAGGAUCCACCACAUGGCUGCCAGUCACGUCAACAUCACCAACAACAUCCUGAGGAGCUAUGAACACUGGGAGACGGCGGACAGACUGGCCACCGACAGCCACGACUUCUUCCAGGAGCUGGACGCCGUCAUGGAGCCUUUGAGUCAGCAGAGCAGCAUGACCGAGCUGGUUCGUUACGUCAGGCAGGGACUGCACUGGCUCCGCAUCGAGGCUCACCUCUUGUAAAGACUGGACCUGAAUCAAAACACAAUAAAACAACAGAAAAAUAAACGAGCCUCUAACCCUGACAUGAUGCUACACUUCCCUUCAAACAUGGUAAAGUAAAUGCAUUUAUGGAGCUCAAACUAAAUUAGUUUGUGCAAUAAGUGACACAUCUUUUAUACAAAUGAGUUUGUUGCAGUUUAAUCCUCAGCUCCAACUGAAACACAUUAAAACGAGUUUAAAAAGAUAAGUAAAAGACAGAUGACUAAAGGAGCUUAAUGUGGGGAAAGAGCUCAACGGACGCUCAUCUCCUUCAGCAGAAGACCAGAAAUAUGUCAGUGAUUGGAACCAAGAGUUAAAGCCUCGGGCAGAUAUUGAUCCGAGUGGAAAAGGAGCAGUCCAAUCCAUCAGAUAAGGACCACACUGGUAAAAAAAAAAAAAAAAAAAGCUGCAUUGUGAACACUAAAGCUCAGUUAAUGGAAGCUGAGGUCAGUCCCGCCGCCUCUGUUUCAGUCCAUCGUGAGUCUUCAAAGACGCUGACAAGCAGACGGCGUGCACAGCAUGAACUCAGCCCUCAGUUACCUCUGCACUCAUGAGUCAUGCUUCAGACUUUUAUUAACGGGAAUAAGUCACGGAAAGAUAACCACAGAUGGAACAAUUAGACCUUAAUAAACAGUAGAAAAAUGCCUCUUUGCAAAUAAAGAGUUUGUUUUAAAAUAAUGUGUUAAAAUUAAAUUUAUUGCCAAAGCAAAGGGAAAACACUUUUCGUUUUUAAACAGAGAUAAAUUUAUAUAAAUUGAUGAAAAGGAGUCUUGUUUCUUCCACAAAAUUUUCAUUUUCGGUGGAAUAUGUUAAAGAAACCUCGCCAAGUUAUACAGAAUCAAUGAUUUUUGAGUAGAAUUUUAGUUCACAUCCUAUGUAGAAACGUUCAGUUAGCUACCAGUGAGAACAAUGCAGAUUUAAAGUAUUUUUCUUCUUCCAAAUGUCAUGAAAAAUGUCCUCUAAAUAGUUCAUGGCUUCAUCUUUGAGUUAUGUUAAAUGUAUUCACUUUGAUUAAUUCUUCAACACUAGUGCUGCUUAAUUAUGUAAGAAUUUACAAGGAAACACAUAAAACGUAAAUUGGAUUAAUUGAUUUAAUGAAUUAAGGCAUCUUGAUUAAUUAACUGGUUGGUUUAUUUUAGGCAAUAUACAUAAAAAGCAGCGGAAAAAGGCAAUAAAAGUAAAAUAUACAUUAAAUUUUUUUCUAAAUCAUAAUGAGAGUUAUACAUGCAGUACAAAUGUUUCACCUUAAAUCUAAUUAAGUCCCACUCCGAUCAUCUUUUGACCUAUUUUAAAAGCGUUCCUAGUGGAUUUUAGUUAUGAUUUAGCCAAAAAAAAACUGUUAUUUUCUAAAAUAUAGUUUCUGCAGAGCAGCAGUAGUUCAUUAGAAAUUCCCCUCUGAGUUGUGGGCGGGACAUUUGGCAUGGAGCAACCCCGCCCCCUCUUCCCCUCCCAAUUGUGGAGUGGAUUUAGGAGUGUGUGGCCCCGCCUACAUCCCAAACUUGGUCUUUUCCAAGCAACAUUUUUUCGUCUGCUCCUGAUUCACAACAAUUUGAAUAUAGAAGAACUCUGAAAUACAGUUUAAUUUUCUUCAAUCAUCAAAAAAAAUACCACAAAAAAUGUGUUAAAAGCACAAUUUUCCAUCAGAGUGGGUAUUUAAAUAUACUUAUUGUGAAACAAAAUUAAAGGAGUGGAAAAAAAUUAAUCAUUUAUAAUCCUACAGGUUAGGGACUGCCUGAAAAAGCUUUAUGUACACUUUUAAAGUUCAUUGAACACAUCUGUGGUUUCUAUAGCGGGUUAUACUAUUUUAGUUGAGGAAAGUCCUCACAGCUGGACUUCUAUCCAUCAAAACACUGCAUCUUUCUGGUCCUUUUUCCUGCUGGUUUUGGGCUUUCUUCUUAGUCAUUUCUGAUGUAGCCCAUGAAAGGGAGUAAAAACACUGACGAGGGAUAAUUCCAUAAAUCAGUAUGAUUUGGCUUCAAUUCAGACCCCCCCACAUACACACACACACUCUUACACACUUGCAGAGGCAGCACACUUCUUCCCUGCUUCCCUGAUGUCAAAGUACAGCUGUUACUUUGCAAAGCACUUACCAAGAUCAACUGCCAGGACUCAUGGUUGUUACCCAACUUUUGCUGUGUUGUGUCGUUAGUGUGUAUAUGUGUACAGCUAUUUGUCAAGUCUAUCCAAAUCAUUCCCCUCCACCCGACAAUAAUGAUGUUUGUUUACCAUGAUGUACAGACUGUGACUCCUGGAAGCGAUGUUCCUGUUUUUGAAGUGUCCUGCUAAUGAUUUAUUUGUAAGUGAGAGGAAAAGUGACACAUGCAAACCGUUCACAGCCACGCGAGAGAGAACUCUUUAAAUAUCAAGGUUUUACAUACCAGAACAUUAAAGAAUCAAUGAAGCUUAUCAGGGCUUAAAAUAAGCUGACAAAGACAAUUUCUUAUCUAUUUAUAUCACUGUGAUUGUUGAAAGGGAGAGCAGUUAGAAAAGCUAAACAGGAAGUUUUAUUCUGAAAGGUAGCAAAAAUUAACCGUGUCUUUGAAAAUAACUUUGCAGCUUAAAUCAAUAAAGAGCCCCUAUAGGAACAAAAUUAACAAAAACAUUUUUUUUUAAUCAGUACUGGUUUCUUGUGCACACAUGAAAAUCCCUGGUGCGCACCAGAAACACCUAAAAUCAACUAGUGCACAACUGUAACCAUCUGGUGCACACCUAAAACUAACUAGUGCACAACUGAAACCAUCUGGUGCACACCUAAAACUAACUAGUGCACAACUGAAACCAUCUGGUGAGCACCUGUAACCAUCUGGUGCACACCUAAAACCAACUUGCACACACCUAAAAAUAUCUGAUGCUCACCUAGAACUAGCUGGCAUGCGCCUGAAACCAACUGGUGCACACCUGAAAACAUCUGAUGCGCACCUACAACUAACUAGUGCGUACCUGAAACCUUCUGGUGCACACCUAGAACUAACUGAGGCACACCUGCAUCUAUCUGGAGCACACCUGAAACCAACAUGUGCACCCCUGAAAAUAUCUGAUGCGCACCUAGAACUAGGUGGCGUGCUCCACAAAACAUAUUACACGCACCUGAAACCAACUGGUGCGCACUUAUAACUUGUGCACACCUGAAAAUAUCUGAUGCACACCUAUAGAAUUUUUGGUGCACACCUGAAAAAAUAUGUGCUCACCUAGAACUAACUGCUGUGCACCUGUAACCUUCUGGCGUGCACCUAGAACUAACUGGUGUGCUCCAGAAAACAUAUGACACGCACCUGAAACCAACUGGUGCGCACUUAUAACUAACUUGUGCACACCUGAAAAUAUCUGAUGCACACCUAUAAAAUAUCUGGUGCGCACCUAAAACCAACUGGUGCACACCUGAAAAUAUCUGAUGUGCACCUAGAACUAACUGGUGCGCACCUGUAACCUGGCGCACACCUGAAACCUUCUGGUGCACUCCUACAACUAACUGACGCGCACCUGCAUCCAUCUGGUGUGCACGUAAAACUAACUUAUGCACACAUGAAAAUAUCUGAUGCACGCCUAGAACUAACUGGUGCACACCAGAAAUCAUGUGGUGCGCACCUGGAAUGAGGUUUGCCCCAAAAACUAGAAGUAAAAGUAACAGAGUUUUGAUCUCAUGCACACCUGAAUCUAGUACAAGUUUUUUUUUUUUUAAUGUCCCAAAAUUCACCAGAAAAAUCUUUAGCUUUUGUGUUUCCUGUGUAAACCUCCUGUUUAAAGAGUGCACUUUCGUGCUUACACGACUGUUUACAUGUUGCAUGUGGUCACAGGCGAUGGCUGCUUUUACACAGUGCCAAAUGUAAAGUUUUUUUUAUGUUGUUGUUUUUUUUACUCUUUGGGGUACAUUUAAAUCUGGAGACAACAAUGUUUCUCUAUCAUCUGUCGUCUCAUGUGCUGCAAAGGCUUGAAGUAUGCUUUUCCGGUGUCUGUAAAUCCAGCACAUCAAGCAUGUUUUUAUUUCACUUCCUUUCACACUCGCUGAAUGUGUAUGAAAGACUUAAAAAAAGAUAGAGAGUGAAACUCAAGUGCCUCUAUUUGUGUCAACUUUGAAUUGCUCUAUUUAUUUAAAAAGAAAAACAAAGAAUGGGUCUAAAUAAUUUUCCAUACCAUAUUGGUAUAAAAUUGAGAUGUUUUCUUUUCUUCAUAAAAAGUCAAAUGUUUCCAUGAGCUUUUGUACUGGCGUUUAUGAUGACUCCGGGGUUUGGCUUUAAGACGGGAAACAAACUAGAAGCAGCUGCUGUAUUUCCUUGUCUUGACGGACUGAACGGAUUUGGGUUUUUGUCUGAAAUGCCUGAAACGUUGAAACCAUUGCAUGCAAUAAACGGCAGUUUCAGACCAAUAACAACUGUGUACAAAGUGAGAGAGCCUGCGUAUUUUUUUUGACAGUGUCAGUACUCAACUGAAACCAGCCUCUCUGAGUAAGCGCAUUCUGAACAAACAUGCUUAAAGACUUGGAGAAAUCAAUAUUUGGAAAGGAAACUCCAUUUAUUUGCUGGUGUUAGCACAGAGGCCUAAAUGGACCGGCCGGCCUCCAACCCUCUGUACUUUUCUUUUGAAAUGUUUUUUUCUUUUUUAGCUAAUAAUAAGACAAACAGCUUUAAACCCCAUCAUACAAUAGCUUUCCUGGUUAAAUAAAUAAAAAUCUCUACCAGGAAUCAAUAAAAAUAUUGAUUCUUGGUAGAGAUUCAGGUUUUUAGUUUCUCUGGGAAGAAGAAUCUUUUAUGUUUUUCUGUUUUUUUUAGAUGUACACCAAUCAAAUAUUGAUAGAAAAUGAUCAAAGUUUCCCAAGUUAUUAAAAAUGUCAGAAAAAAAAAUGUUAUUUUAUCAAGUAUUUAUUCUAGAUCACCCUUUCAGCAGAUUCUAAAGCUGAGAAAAGCCCAAUUUUAGGUUCCAAUAAUUUUUAAACUAUAAUGAAAGCUUUUCAAGUGGUCUUUUAGUUAUGAUUUUGCCAUUUUUUGUCAAAAUAUUUUUAAAAAUUGUUGUUUUCUAGGGCAUUUGUUUCACUUGUUAAUUAGGAAAUCACCACCAAGUUGUGGGUGGGACCAUUGGUGUAGAGCAACCCCGCCCCCUUUCCCGUAACCCUUCACUGUGCUACCCAUUUACACUCUCUCCCACUAGCUUACAGCCAAAUAAAACUUUUUUUUGUCCGCUCCCUAGUGACGCUGAUCUAUAUUAAUAAAUACAUAAGCUUAAUUUUCUUUGUAUAUGUCCUCCAUUAUCAAAACAUGUGAAAAACACCAUUUUUAUCAGAGAGAGUCUGGGAAAUAAUUAGUUAAAAAGUUCAUUUAAUGGAUUCAAACACUGAAAUUCUAAUCUGUCUGGUAAAACACCAAGACUGUUACAGACACUUCAUUUAAAGUCAGUGUGUGGGUAAACUCAAACUUUUUUCUGAAGCAGAAUUUCCCAGCAUGCCCUGUUCUACCGCUGACAUCUUAUUAGAUCUCUCAUUAGUUCCUGUUGCAUUAUCACAGUUGUCAACAUGUUUAUGAAAGACAGCAGCAGCAGAAAAACAUCACGGCUGCAGUGAUUACAAAAGACAGCCAAACAGGAGGAGCCUUUUUUUUUUUUUUUUUUUUACAGCAGAUGGUAGCAAGCUGAUGAUGCAGUGAUAAUCUCUCCAGCAGUGAAAAAAAAACACUAAUAUUUGUUUGGAUUUUAUAGGAUCGCAAAUAUAUUUUGGGUAUUUAGGAAAUUGCCAUAAUUGCCUCACAUAGUCAGUGAACUUGCAGCGUUUACAAUGUUUGACUUCAGUGUUUAAACACAUUUAAGAGAAUUUUCUACUAUAAAAAAGAGAUGUACUAACUUAUCGCAUAAAAAUGUGUCAUUGACCAAUCUGACAGCCAAAUGGAGUACUAAACAUAACUUAACGUUUUUAAAUACAUUUCUGAUGCAAAUUGUCUUUUUGAUUAAAUUAACCAAAAUUUGCUCCUAAAUGUUUAAGUUUUUUAAUAAUUAUUCAGUUUAAACCACUACAUUUUAGUUUAUGUUAAUUAUUACAACUUAGCAUCCAUGCAAUUGUCAGCUUUUGUAGUUCAUAAAUUGAUUUUUUUAUUACAUAGCAUAUCUGGAAGCAAUGCACACAUCACAUAGAAUUAGCAAUAAUAAAACAAUAAGGACAUAAUUAUCUAAUCACUUUUCAAAUGUGAAAACCUAAAUUUCCUGCUGAACUUAGAAGCUAAACUUUAGAAUUAUUGUUCUUUUUUUAAUAGAACUUUUGGUUUCACAUCAAGCUAUGAAGACAAGCUGGACAGGAAUUUUAAAAAAGAUGCAAUACUUUAAAUUUAAACUAGAAUUGGUUAUUUUUUCCCUCCAAAUUAUGUCAACUUUUAGCCUCAGGUGUUGCAUUUCAAAGAUUGCCAUUUUUGUCUCCCUUGUGAGAAAUUUAAAUCAUGUGGGAAAUAAAAACUAUAUAAAGAGGAAAUGACCCCAAAAAUACUCCAUUAGAGAAUUUUUCCACUUUUCUCUUCACUGCAGCUCAAAGUAAAGUUCUUGGUCGGCAUCCUAAUCUAAAUUUGUUGCUGUUGUUCAUCAAUACUGACUCAGUACGCAGUAAAUCCAAUAACUAGCAUCAUACUACAACCUUUUUUGGAUCUGCAAACCCAUCCUGAGGCUGGUUUCCCUACAAAUGAAUAAGCAGGCUUAUCUUUGUGGAAGAUGUCCAAACCCAUGUGACCCGACGCCAUAUUUCAAAGCACCAGCGGUUUGGUGUCCGACGCGAGGCUCAACAGAUCCAUGACUGUGGUUCUGAUGUACAUCACUGGUUUGAUGCAACAAUGUAAAGAGCUCUGCAAAAUGACACAGAACACAUCUGUCCAACAUGGAUUGUAUUGUAUUUUUUAAUGUGUUGCACAACUUCAGCUGUUUUGUUUUUCUUUUGUUUUUUUCAGUGCAUCUUCUGGCCUUUUCUAUGGCUCUUUUUAUAAUGAAGUUGUUCAAUGUGAUGAUCAAAAGUUGUGAUGCAUUACCAUUGUUUUUAAAUAUUUAUUGUCUCUGAAAUAUGGAUUAAAAUCUGAUCAACCAGUGA